CCUGUCCCCACAGCGCGCUUCUUGGGGCAGAUGAAGGCUGAGUGCCACUUCAUCAACGGGCUGGAGCAGGUGCGGUUCCUGAACGGGUACAUCUAUAACCAGGAGGAGUUCGUGCGCUUCGACAGCGACGUGGGUGAAUUCCAGGCGGUGACCGAGCUGGGGCGGCCCAUCGAGGAGGAACUGAACAGCCAGAAGGACGUCCUGGACAAUUACCGGGCCGGCGUGGACAGGUGCACAAAUGACUACGAACUGAUCAGGCUCCUGUCAAGGCGGCAAG